CGUUGACCUGGAUACAUAUGACCCAACUACUCAUGUAUAAAAGCACUCCCCAUGCUCCUAGACAAUUCAAGACAAAAUCCAGUUAUCCCAUAUCCUCUUCAACAAUCUGAACUAUCUUCACCAGUUAGGUCAAGUAUUCAGCAGUGGUUGUGGUGCCAGUGCUCAAAGAUCAGAAGAGAGGUUAAUACAGAGAUAAGAAUGGGCAAACUAGUUGCAGCAAUAGGCAAGUUGCUUUGCUGUGUACAAGUGGACCAGUCAACAGUAGCCAUCAAGGAACGAUUUGGGAAAUUUGAGGAUGUGCUUGAUCCGGGGUGUCACUGUGUGCCAUGGAUUAUCGGAAGCCGUGUCAGUGGUAAGCUUACACUUAGGCUUAGGCAAAUGGAUGUUCGCUGCGAGACAAAGACAAAGGAUAACGUUUUUGUUACAAUUGUUGCAUCCAUUCAAUACCGAGCAAUGGAGGACAAAGCAAAUGAUGCGUAUUAUAAGCUGAGCAACCCAAAAUCUCAAAUCCAAUCUUAUGUCUUUGAUGUUAUCAGAGCAAGCAUUCCCAAACUACAACUGGAUGAUGUUUUUGAGCAAAAGAAUGACAUAGCAAAAUCUGUGGAGCAGGAGCUUGAGAAGGCUAUGUUUGCUUAUGGCUAUGAGAUUGUGCAGACACUAAUUGUUGAUAUAGAGCCAGAUGAAAAGGUUAAAAAGGCUAUGAAUGAAAUUAAUGCCGCUGCAAGAAUGCGUGUUGCGGCAAAUGAAAAGGCAGAGGCAGAAAAGAUCGUUCAAAUCAAGAGAGCUGAGGGAGAGGCUGAAGCUAAGUAUCUCUCUGGCCUUGGAAUUGCAAGGCAGCGGCAGGCAAUAGUUGAUGGCCUCAGAGACAGUGUGCUUGGCUUUUCUGGCAAUGUGCCUGGGACUUCCGCCAAGGAUGUGAUGGACUUGGUUCUGCUCACUCAAUACUUUGACACCAUGAAAGAGAUCGGCGCUUCAUCCAAAUCUUCUGCAGUUUUCCUCCCGCAUGGCCCAGGUGCUGUUGCAGACAUUGCCAGUCAGAUUCGCAAUGGAUUUCUUCAGGCGUCCACACAUAAUGCCUGAACUGAACCCAUGUGUACAAGAAUUUGAAUUGGUGAGGUCAGUCCUACAGGCUCCUGGUUUGACAUAAGAAAAUGGUCCUUUAGGCGCGUGAUAAUAUUGUGUGAGUUUGUGACUUGUGAGAUAUCUACAGAAGCUUGUAAAAUGGUUUGUAUUUUAUAAUGUAUCAGCUAGUCCUUAGAUAUCCGUAGAUAAGUGCCUAAAUAUAUACAAAAUGGAGCAUGGGGACUUAAGAUGGAUGUAUUGAAUGGUUGUUGUGUGGCUAUACUUGAGCUUCUGAGAAAAUAAUGUUUCCA